AUGUCGACAACGACAAGUUUAACGCCGUCAGUGGCUGAAAAUAAGCAAAACUUUGAUAUCGAACAACCACGCACCGACGAAAAACAACACGAAACACCUCAUGCUGAGGCAGCGCCCCAGAUCAUCAGUCCGAUGCAUCCAAGCCAAUUCCCCGAGGGCGGCAAAGACGCCUGGCUGUGCUUAGCUGGAGCUUUUUGUUGUCUAUUCUGCUCGUUCGGUUGGCUCAAUUGCGUGGGUGUCUUCCAAAGCUACUACCAACUCAACCAGCUACACAAUCACUCGCCGAGCGCCAUUUCCUGGAUAUCGAGUAUUCAGAUCUUCGUCAUGUUUUUCCCAGGGCCGAUUGUAGGCUGGGUAUGCGACAACCACGGCCCAAAGUACCUUCUCUAUUUCGGAACUUUCUUCCACGUCUUGGGCCUCAUGAUGACCAGCCUCUGUACAAAGUACUGGCACUUCAUUCUCGCCCAAGCGAUCUGUUCUCCGCUGGGUUUAAACUGUAUCUUCAACGCGGCAACAAGUACAGUGCCGACUUGGUUCCUGAAGAACAGAGGUGCCGCCUAUGGGAUAAUGGCCGCUGGCAGUGGGCUAGGCGGCGUAAUCUUACCUAUCAUGACAUCGCAUCUCAUCCCCCAGAUCGGAUUUGCCUGGACAAUACGUACGCUGGCCUUCAUGAUCUUGGGUCUUAUGCUCCUCGCCAUGAUCACUGUCAAAUCGCGCCUCCCGCCCACGCCUCGAAAGCUUACAGUGAGGAUGUUCAUCGAGCCCUUCAAAGAUAUCAAAUUUGUUAUGUUGACAUUGGGCGCCUUUCUUUUCUUCCUGGGCGUCUUCAUUCCCAUUAAUUACAUCCAGGUUAGCGCCAUCGCUCACGGAAUGUCUUUGAAUAUGUCGGCAUAUCUCCUACCUAUCCUGAACUCGGCUAGCAUUUUUGGACGUAUCAUCCCUGGCGCACUCGCCGACAAAGGUGGAAAAUAUAACAUGCAAGUCUUGUGGUGCACCCUUGCUGGCGUCAUCACCCUCGCCUUCAUCCCCGCAUCCAGCAACGCAACAUUCGUCGUCUUCGCAGUCCUCUACGGGUUCACCUCAGGCGCCUACGUUUCUCUUCUGCCAGCACAGAUUGCACAAAUUUCCAGAGUCGAUCAGAUCGGGUUUCGUGUCGGUCUUCUAUUCUCCUGUAUUUCGUUUGCUGGACUAAUCGGCAAUCCCAUUGGGGGAGCGAUUGUGGGCAACGAUGGCAAGUUCUGGGGUUUGUACACUUUUGCUGGUGUCAUGAUGCUAUCAGGGUCUUUUGUGUUCACGAUCGCGCGCUUUUAUGUUGCAGAGUGGAAGCUGUUUGUGAAAAUAUGA